AUGUACAAAAGACCUCCUAGCAAUAACAUAUUUUAACAACCAAAUAAAUACUUCUCAGAAAACAAAAAUAGACAAGACAUUUUCUCGGCUCCAAACCUUCCUAAUAUAUCCCAAAAAAUGAUAUCAUGUAGUAUAUGUUUAAAAAAAAUACCUUCCACAUAAUUGUUACUACAUGAAAAUGAAUGCCGAAUUGCAAACUUUUCUUCCAAAAAAUAAUCCAAAAUAAAAGGAGGAGGUGGCUCUCUUACUAAAACAACGUUUAAUUACAAUAAACCUCCCCAAAAAUAACUUCCAAAAGAAGAACUGCCUAAAAUGAUUCAAAGACCCAUAUCUUUAAUGUGUUAUAUAUGUGGUAGAGAAUUUGGAACUAGAAGUUUGAAAAUUCAUUUAAAAAGCUGCAGAGAGAAAUGGCCUUUGACCUCAAAUCGUCCUUUACCUCGUGAACCUCCAGGCUUAAUGGAGCUAUUAUCAAAAGAAAAUAUAACUCGAAAAGAUAUAGACAUAUAUAACAAUAGAGCCUACGAUUAAUAUAAUUACGAUGUAUUAGUGCCUUGUUCUAAUUGUUGUAGAACUUUUAAACCAGAAAGUCUUAUUUCACAUUAGAAAGCUUGUAAACCUGGAAAUGUACUAAAAGGAAUGACCUAGGCUUAAAAAGAUUAUAAAUAAGAAGCUUAAUAUGCAAUGGAAAACGGAAAUUUAGAUUUAGUUCCUUGUUCUAAAUGCGGUAGAAAAUUCGCUUCGGACAGAAUUGGAAAACAUUAAGCAGUUUGUAAGCCUGGGCCAACUAAAUAAGCAUUGAAAAAAUAAAAGCUUUUCGAAUAAAAAGCUUAAUAAUUAGAAAAAUUCAAAUAAAAGCUAAAUCUUAUUAAACCCAAAGAUAAUGACUGGAGAAAAUAACAUGAAGAUUUCUAAUAAGCUUUAGCAGCUAUAAAAUAAGGGGAUAAAAGCAAAUAUUAAUAAUAAUCAAUAUAAUCAAGAAUUUAACCUAAAUAAUAACAAAAUUCAUUUUAAUAAUAAUAUCAAUAAAAAUCUUAAAUUUUAUAAAAAACUAAUAAUAAUUUUCGAUACUCAAGCCAAAAACCAAGCCUUUAAAAAAAAAAUUAGCUUUUUCAAAUUAUUAAGACGAUGAUGAUGAUUAUGGUAGUGAUAACUUUAAUUUAUCCAAUAAAUAUAGUUUAAAAUAAUUAACAAGAAAAUAACCUUAAUAAGGUAGUUAUAAAAGCCCAAAUAUAAAAAUUUCAAAUGGUAGAGACCCAAACGGUAGAGAUGGUUGGAUUUAUAAUAUGAGUGGAAAAUAAUUAUAAGUGCAUAAUAAUAUAUAUGGAAUAGGAGAUUAUAAGCCUUUAGGAGAUGGAAAUAAUGCAAUUUUUUAAGCGCCUAAAAGAUGAGUCGAUUUG